AUGCUCAUCAGGCGUUCAGCACCUGCAGAGCUUCUAAUCCGGCAUAAAAACAUUGUCUUUAGCACAGGGCUCGGAGCGGAACUGACUGAAUACCAAGGAGCUCCUACCGCUAAAAAUAACCAAGCAUGGAGUGAUCUAUACAACUUUGGGAUUAGUCGAAUUAGUAAGGUCGAUGCAGCAAGGCUUGCCAACAAAACUGUCCCUAUUCCUGAUGAUCCAGGCCAAUACGCGGUAAGCCUGGACGUUUUCCACCAGCUUCACUGUCUAAAUAUGGUCCGCAAAAGAGUGUGGUCAACGGAAGUUUAUCUUUCCGAAGACGAAUUGAUGGGGAUCGAGCAUAUUGAUCACUGUAUCGAUACCAUAAGACAGAGCCUGAUGUGCUCUGUCGAUGUGACUCCCCUACCAUGGGUUUGGGUGGAAAAGGAUCAAAUGGCCAAGGAAGUGGCUGCCGUGCUUCAUACUUGCCGUGACUUUGAUGCUGUCAGACAAUGGGCCUUGGAACAUCAUAUCCUUACCUUCGAUCGGACUGUUCAUGUUCAUGAUGAUCUGGCUGAUCAGCCUCGCGAUUUGCUUGAUUGA